AUGCCAUGCAUAGAUUGUGGGGCUGCUGUCGCCGACCGAGUCUACCAGCUCAUCGGCGCCCUCCUCGUCGCCGCCCCCGCAGUUGCUGCCCAUCCGUCUUCCAAGUGUGAGCAUCACCAACCCUUUCUCGCCGCGGCCUCCUCACCCAGCGCACACUUUUCAGGUGACUUGCAAUACAACACUCUCCUGAUCACCCCAUUAACGUCGUCAUCCGUGCCGGCCCUGCAAUGUCUUAUUUUGAUCAGCUCGGUCGCCGAGCCCAACCUCUCCUGUCUGCUCUUGUCCCAGGCCAACCGUCACUCCAAUGGCAGUCACAGGGUAUCCGGAGACAGCAGCCCUCUAGCCCUUAUAUCAGAUGACAAAGAAUUAAGUUGCAAAGAGGCCGACAACAUGAGGAGACCUGCCAAAGCUGCCAAGCCUUCUUUGGUGGGAGACAAUGUGGAUUGGAUGUGUGCACCGCCUGAUUUUUGUUAA